AUGGUGUUUGUUCCGUUCACUGGGAUUGACAACCACUAUCGAAAUGUAACCCUUGGAGCUGGGUUGUUGGCAUCGGAGAGCAUUGAAUCCUAUAAAUGGCUUCUGAAUUCAUUCGUAAAGUCAUUUGGUCGGCAGCCAAAAGUUGUAGUGACGGACCAAGACCCUGCUAUGAAACAGGCUAUUGAGGAGGUUUUUUCUACCAGCAGACACAGAUUGUGCAUGUGGCACAUAAUGAAAAAAGUGGCAGAUAAGGUUGGACACGAGUUGUGCAAUAAUGAUGAAUUUAAAAAGAGGAUAUGCGAUAUUGUAUGGACUGAUUCCAUUGAGCCUGAAGAAUUCGAGAGACAGUGGAAGUUGUUUAUGAAUCAUUUUGAUGGUGCAAUGGAUGUCCAAACGUUCAAUCACAGAAAGAAUGAUCAUAUUUCAAGAUAUACUGAGCCUAACGAUUGGAGCCAAACUACUUUGGAAAAAGAUGCUGCUAAGAUAUACACCAGGUCUAUAUUCUUUGAUCAGCAAAUAGAGAUAUAUGGAACUAUUACCGAAUGUCUGUCGAUGGACACCAAAAUCUAG